GAUGUUUUGCUGCGGCUACCCAGCUGUAACAUAAUAUAAAACACCACGAACGUCACGAGCACGUGCUCCUUCGUCCAUUUGAGUUUUGGAAACCAUCCACGAGCUCGUGCCCAGCAGAUACAGAACCUCGCAGACCAGACUGCGGCAUUCAAGGAAACGGCUAGCCAGCAACACCCACAUCGGAGCUCGUCAUGGCGGCCAGCGAUGAUCCAGUGCCGGUCUACACAGUUGAGGAUGUGAGUGGUGGUAUCGAGGUCCUGCCUCCCUCACCACCUCGCCAGAGCGAUGAAGAUGAUUCUCAGCUUAACCAAGCACCGUCAUCACCUCAACCACAACCACAACAGCAACAUCCACACGCCCCAAUCACGCGCUAUCCCGAGUCCCUUUUGCACCAGACGGCUGUGUUCAUGACAUCGAGAGGCCAAAAGAAAACAGCCAAAUACAGCAACUACAAAUCGUCCAGUACAGUGAGUGCUGAAGAGUGGGCUCGUCAGGAGCAAGAGCGACUGGCCCAGAAAGCGAAGGACGAGCAUCAAGCACAGAUCAUAGAUUCUUUCUACGAUGCGGUACGGAGCAAAAACGUGGAAGUUGUCUCUCGGCUCGUCAGCACCGGCAUCGUGAGCCCGGACGUGACGGACGAUAUUGGCAGCACUCCUCUCAUUGUCGCCGUCAAUGCGGGCGACGCCAACAUGGUCCGAUGUUUACUGCAGCUGGGUGCACAAAUCAACGCCCUUGCCGCAUACGACGACGAGGAGCACUCGAGCUCGUCAGCUCCCCAGGGCCUCCCUCAGUCAACGCCGCGUUACCUCUCCGAGGACGCACGUCGUCAGAGGCACAGCAGGCUCUACCUUCGCAAUACGCACGACCGCGCCCUGCCGCUGCGUACGGCCCUCCAAGUUGCAGCAACCCGCGGCAACCUCGUCCUCGUGCGGCUCUUGAUGACAACGGAGCUGGGCGGUGGGCCGGCCGACGACGCCAUCAUCGCGCCAGACGGACAACUCGCCCUACGUCUCGCGGCAGCCAACAACCACCGCGAAGUCGUCGAGUACCUGCCCUUGCGCCGAGGCGGCGAGUUCCUGCGCUGGAAAGACACGCACGCUCUCGCGCUGCGCCGCAUCCGCCGGGCGGGGGCGAGCAUCGCCCAGUUCUUCGCCAUCCUGUUCUGGGAAAUCCCCCGGCACCUUGUAUGGACGGUUCCGAAACACGUGCUCGUUCUCCCUGCUGCCAGGCUCACCAGGUACUGCUGGCGCAAGAAGGACAAGUUCCCAGCAUGGUGCAAGCGGCAGGUGACCGAGUUCCCGGGACGCGCGAAGCGGUUCGGCAGGGCAUGUAACACCGCCGCGAGGAAGUCCGUCAAGAUCAUCGCCAGACUGCCCGAGUACGCGAGGGACCUCGCGGCCGCGCUGUGGAAGCUGCUCAAGAGGAUCCCGCCCGCGGGCCGGAUCGCGGUGCUGUGGCUGCUCAACGUGCUCAGGGCCGCCGGCCGGGCGGCGGUCGACGUCCUGGCGCGCUUCGUCUCGCUCCUGCACACCAUGCUGCUCGCGCUCGCGAGGUUCUGCCGCGGCGUGACGGCGCGGGACGUGCUCCGGGGCCUGGCCGUCCUGCUGCAUUCCGUGUUCGUCGCGUUCCCCAGGGACGUGCUGUACGACAAGAUGCUCGUCGGCGGCGCGCGGGCCGUGUACGACGUCCUCAAGACGGUGUUUGGGCUGCUGGGCCGCGUCGUGUACUGGCUCGGCGAGGCGCUGCUGCAGGUCGCGGUGUUUGUGCCCCGGCAGGUCUGGCAGAUUGUCAAGGCGCUCGGCAGGAGCGGCGGCAAGGCCGUGGACGAGGUCAUGGUUUGGGUGAAUCCGAAGCGGUGAGAGAGAGGGGGGAAGGGCGUCGUCGGUGGUCGUACCACUUCGUUCGUUCGUUCGUUGUUUCUCGGGUUAUCUUGUUUUUUAAUGUGGCGGCAGGA